AUGUGGGACUCUGAAAUUGGAAAUCUCAACCCUUCAUUCCCCAAACAAAACCCUAUAUAUACCAUUGUUAGGUUUCCCCAAUUUUCAAUUCAACAGUUUUGUCAUUCCUCUCCUCCCUCUCACCAAGAACGUGCUCGGUGUUCCUAUCCUUGUUGGUCUGGUUCCACAUGGAUCCGAUUUCAAUCUACACGCCCAUCGUGCUUUUGCUACUAUGUGGAUUUGAAGCCCGGUGUCGCCUAUAUACUAUUUGCAGGUGUGAUGAUCCUGUUCGUGUUUCGUGAAGGCUCGGUGAAUAUAGCGGUGAAUAUAGCGCAGAUCGCAUAUCACGAGAAGAAAAUUUGGCAGGUGCAGCAGUUCAUUUUCCUGUGUGGAGCCCUUCGCAUUCGAUUUUUAAGAAAUGAUGUGAGGUUUUUUAAGGGGAAAUGUCGGUGUAUUUGGGGAAGAAGUGGUUGUGGAGAACUUUGUCAACCGACCUUUGCCAUGACAGGUGCGCUUGCAUGGCAGGUCAACAAAAAUUAA